CACUGGUUAGCCUCUGCGAGGCAUGCGCAACUACUAAAACUCGCCGGGCUGCUCUGUUCGCACUGAGAAAACAGAGGCGGCAGCCCGAUCGCCACAGGCGAAUCCUCCCUCCUCGAUCUCUCUCCAUGUCGCAGUAUCUCCCCUCUCCUCCUUCUCCCCCUCCUCUUCCGGAUCACAAGAGAAGAGGCGACUGUGCCAGUUCCCGAGCGAAUGGCCACGAUCCGCCGUCCAAAUCAGAAGACCCCAGCGACAGCGACUGCCGAUCUGGAGGUCAACCGACGGAGCAGCUCGAGCAACCGCGGCCGAUGGGAGAGGUCGGCGGCGGAGAUGGCGUCCCGUACCAGGGCCUCGGCGACCGGCGGCGGCCGGAGAAGCGUCACAAGUUAUCAAUCCUCCCCCUCGUGUUCCUCAUCUUUUACGAGGUCUCCGGCGGUCCCUUCGGCGUCGAGGACAGCGUCGGCGCCGGCGGCCCCCUCCUGGCCCUCCUGGGCUUUCUCCUGUUCCCGCUCAUAUGGAGCGUUCCCGAGGCGCUCAUCACCGCCGAACUCGGCACCAUGUUCCCGGAGAACGGCGGGUACGUUGUCUGGGUCUCCUCGGCCCUCGGCCCCUUUUGCGGCUUCCAACAAGGCUGGAUGAAGUGGCUCUCCGGCGUCAUCGACAACGCUCUGUACCCCAUCCUCUUCCUCGACUACCUCAAGUCCGCCAUCCCCCGCCUCGCCGCCGGCCCGCCCCGAGGCCUCGCUGCACUCGCGCUCACCGUCCUUCUCACCUACAUGAACUACCGCGGCCUCACUGUCGUCGGCGGGAUGGCCGUCUUCCUCGGCGCCUUCUCUGUCCUCCCUUUCCUAGUCAUGGGCGUCGUCGCCGUCCCCAAACUGAAGCCAAAACGAUGGGUCGAGGUCGAUUUCCACAACGUCGAUUGGAAUCUCUACUUGAACACCCUGUUUUGGAAUCUCAAUUAUUGGGAUUCGAUCUCAACUUUAGCAGGAGAAGUCAGUAAUCCGGCGAAAACGCUGCCGAGGUCUCUCUUUUACGCCGUGAUCCUCGUCGUCUCCGCCUACUUGUUCCCCCUAUUCGUCGGCACCGGCGCGCUCCCCGUCGAUCGCGACGCAUGGGCCGACGGGUACUUCUCCGACGUCGCACUGGCCGUCGGCGGCCCGUGGCUCUCCUGGUGGGUGCGCGCCGCCGCCGCCGUCUCCAACAUGGGGAUGUUCGUCGCUGAGAUGAGCAGCGAUUCGUACCAACUACUGGGGAUGGCGGAGCGGGGGAUGCUGCCUGAGGCCUUCGCCCGGCGAUCGCGCCACGGGACUCCUCUGCUCGGCAUCCUUUUCUCGGCCUCCGGCGUGGUGCUGCUCUCGUGGCUGAGCUUCCAGGAGAUCGUGGCGGCGGAGAACUUCCUCUACUGCUUCGGGAUGCUUAUGGAGUUCGCAGCAUUCGUGAGGCUGAGGAUGAAGCACCCGACGGCGGCGCGGCCGUAUAAAAUCCCGCUGGGAACCGUGGGAUGCGUGCUGAUGCUGGUCCCGCCGACAGUGCUGAUACUGGUGGUGCUGGCGCUGUCGUCGCUCAAUGUAGCGUUAGUGAGCGGCGGGGCGGUGGCGCUCGGGCUGGUGCUGCGGCCGGGUUUGCAGUGGGCGGAGAGGAGGCGGUGGUUGAAGUUCUCAGUGAACCCUGAGCUGGCCGACUUCUGUACAGUUGCUGGCGAGACGACUAAUGCUACCGAUCACUCUCCCAUCAGAGAUCUAGAAGUUAAUUCAGCACGGAAUCUAUAAUUUUAGUCAAGAUUAUAUAAUAAUAUAUGAUUAUUUGAAUAAAAAUAAACGAAGUUUUAUCUUAA